UCCUGGCGGUCGGCAUCUUCGCGAAAGCCACGACGGCAGCGGUGCGGCUCCUUUAAGGCGGAGGGAUCGUCCCCUCGUGCUGUGCUUGCUGCUUUAGCCCGAGAGGUCACGUGGCUUCACACGUUCUAUUGCCGCAGGAGCCCGGCUGGCCAGGAGGAGGAAGCGGGAAGGAUCAAAGACGGCUGGGACGGCCAGGAGGCACAUGCACUCUCCACGUGUAGCAACGCCAGUAUCUUCCAGAGGAUAAAUGCCAUACUGGAUAACUCUCUGGAUUUCAGUAGAGUCUGCACUACGCCCAUCAGUCGAGAAGUUCAUGACCAUCUGCCAGACUUCCCGGACUCGGAAGAAACAGUCACAGGCAGGAUGCUUUUCCCCACCUCUGCGCAAGAUUCUCCCCGGGGCCUCCCAGAUGCAAAUGACCUGUGCCUUGGCCUGCAGUCGCUCAGUCUCACAGGCUGGGACCGACCCUGGAGCACCCAGGACUCAGAUUCCUCAGCCCAGAGCAGCGCACAGUCGGUACUGAGCAUGCUCCACAACCCACUGGGCAGUGUCCUGGGGAAGUCCCCCCUGGGCUUCCUGCCACUGGACCCCCUGGGAGCUGACGUGGUGGACAAGUUCCCAGCACCCUCGGUCAGAAGCUCCCGCCUGGACACGCGGCCCAUCCUGGACUCCCGUUCCAGCAGCCCCUCUGACUCAGACACCAGUGGCUUCAGCUCUGGAUCAGACCAUCUUUCCGACUUGAUUUCAAGCCUCCGCAUCUCCCCCCCGCUGCCCUUCCUGUCGCUGACGGGGGGUGGCCCCAGAGAGUCUUUAAAGAUGGGGGUUGGGUCCCGGAUGGACCAAGAGCAAGCUGCUCUCGCGGCAGUCACUCCUUCCCCAACCAGCGCGUCCAAGAGAUGGCCAGGGGCUUCGGUGUGGCCAUCCUGGGACCUCCUGGAAGCUCCCAAAGACCCCUUCAGCAUUGAGAGAGAGGCCAGGCUGCACCGGCAGGCUGCAGCCGUGAAUGAAGCUACCUGUACCUGGAGUGGUCAGCUUCCCCCCCGGAACUACAAGAACCCCAUCUACUCUUGCAAAGUGUUCCUAGGAGGUGUUCCUUGGGAUAUUACAGAAGCUGGAUUGAUUAACACCUUCCGUGUCUUCGGCUCUUUGAGUGUGGAGUGGCCUGGUAAGGAUGGCAAGCACCCGCGGUGCCCUCCCAAAGGUAAUGUGCCUAAAGGGUACGUGUACCUGGUCUUCGAGCAGGAGAAGUCCGUCCGGGCUCUGCUGCAGGCCUGCUCUCAUGACCCGCUGAGCCCGGACGGCCUGAGCGAAUACUAUUUCAAGAUGGCCAGCCGGAGGAUGCGCUGCAAGGAGGUACAAGUGAUCCCCUGGGUCUUGGCUGACAGCAACUUUGUCCGGAGCCCGUCUCAGAGACUCGACCCCAGCAGGACGGUGUUUGUGGGUGCUCUGCACGGGAUGCUCAACGCCGAGGCCCUGGCGGCCAUCCUGAACGACCUGUUUGGGGGAGUGGUUUACGCCGGGAUUGACACAGAUAAGCACAAGUAUCCCAUUGGGUCGGGUCGUGUGACUUUCAAUAACCAGCGCAGUUACUUGAAAGCCGUGAGCGCUGCUUUUGUGGAGAUCAAAACCACCAAGUUCACCAAGAAGGUUCAGAUCGACCCCUACCUGGAAGAUUCUCUCUGUCACAUCUGCAGCUCUCAGCCUGGCCCUUUCUUCUGCCGAGAUCAGGUGUGCUUCAAGUACUUCUGCCGGAGCUGCUGGCACUGGCGGCACAGCACCGAGGGCCUGCGCCACCACAGCCCCCUGAUGCGGAACCAGAAGAGCCGAGAUUCCAGCUAGGAGCCGGCCUCGUGCGGUGGCCUGUGGUGCCCGAGCGCCCGCAGCUGGCAGGUCAGGCAGCAACCUGCACCACCUGGCCACCGGUGACCAGGGAGCUGGCUUCCCGGGGACAAGGGAAGACCGUAGUCACCUUUGCACUUGCUGAGUCUGUCUUUGUUUCUGCACUAAUUAAUGCACAAUGAGUUUUGUCGGGUUUGUUUUCAGGGGCUGGGGCAGGGCAAGGACCCUCUGGCUCGCCCUCCAAGCGACUCUGUAGUUUUCCCAGAUUUUUAGUUCCUCAUUUUGCCGAUGAAAAGCAAAAAAGAACUACGUGUCCGGAAGGUACUGACACGAUGCCUACAUCUAGGUUUAUUUAUUAAAAGCGCUUUUUUUACAUUCCUUGCAAUACUGAUGGUGGUGAUGCGCAGGUCUCGCUGGUUUCAUUCUCGCAGUUGCCAUACAGUGCCUUUCCAUUUAUUUAACCCCCACCUGAACGGCAUAAACUGAGUGUUCAGCUGGUGUUUUUUACUGUAAACAACAAGGAGACUUUGCUCUUCAUUUAAACCAAAAUCAUAUUUCAUAUUUUAUGCUCGAGGGUUUUUACCGGUUCCUUUUUACACUCCUUAAGAUAGUUUUUAAGUCAUUUGGAACAAGAGGUUUUUUUUUUUUUCUUCUUCUUUUCCUGGCAGCUUUUAACAUUAUAGCAAAUUUGUGUCUGGGGGACUGCUGGUCACUGUUUCUCACAGUUGCGAAUGAAGGAAAAAAAUUUGCAACCAAGAAAAAAAUGUUUUUGAGUUGCAUACUGGACCAGGUAAAUGGUGUUAGAGCAGCUGCUAUAUAUAAGUUUAAAUGGUUUAUUGCACCUUAAGUUGCACUUAUUUGGGGGGGGAGGGUUGAUAGAAGUUUUUAAUCACAAAGUCACAGGACUUCUUUCUUUUGUAACUGAGCUAAAAAAGGGCUGCUUUUCGGUGGGGCAGACGGAGGCUCACAGGAGCCCUUUCUCUCAGAGGGGACGAGAACUCUUCCCUGGUUUCUUCGAUUUGAGAAUUCUAUGGAGCAACAGUUGCAGUGGACGGAAAUGCUACUGGAAUUUGAAAACUUGACUUUUAUUUUUCCUUUUUUUUUGUUUGUUUGUUUUGUUUUUUAAAUCUACUUGCCCCUCUUUGGGAAGCUGUGUGCCAAAGAACCAGUGUCAUAACCCCCCUCCCCGCUGAGCUGACGUUGCACCGUUGCAUAUCCCAGCUACUCUGUGGGUUUUGUGAAGCUGUGUGUGAAGUCUCUACCUCAUUGUAGUAUAUGCAGGCAAGACUGCACUCUCCUGCAGAUGUGUGGAGUAAGCUGUGGUGUAGUUUUUGUUUGUUUGGUUUUUUU